GAGAAACAUAUCGCCUAGAGCAUUAACGGUGAAAUUUCCGAUUUAUAAAUCUUCCAACUCAAAAGAGAUCGAUCAACUAUCAUGGCAAACGACUCGUCCUGUAAGAGAAACAAACCGCCGUCGUGUGGAUCACUCGUAACUAUCCUCAGCCUAGACGGCGGCGGAAUCCGAGGAACCAUCUCCGGUGUCAUCCUUGCUUGUCUGGAGAAACAACUUCAGGAGAUCGAUGGAGAAGACGUGAGACUAGCUGAUUAUUUCGACGUGGUAGCUGGGACUAGUACUGGUGGUCUCAUUACUGCCAUGUUGACUGUACCGGACGCGAGCGGACGGCCUCAUUUUGCGGCCAAGGACAUUGUUCCUUUCUACCUUGAACAUUGUCCCAAAAUAUUUCCACAGCCCGAGGGCUUGGCUGCUCUGUUACCUAAGCUUCCAAAGCUUCUGUCUGGUCCAAAGUACGACGGAAAGUAUCUACGAAGUUUACUAAGUAAUCUUCUCGGAGAGACAAAACUUCACCAGACAAUCACAAACGUUGUCAUACCUACCUUCGACAUGAAGAAACUCCAACCCGCCAUCUUCUCCUCUUACCAGGCGUUGUUUGACCCUAGCUUGGAUGUCAAGUUAUCAGACAUAUGUAUUGGCACAUCGGCUGCCCCUACUUUCUUUCCUCCUCAUUACUUUUCUAAUGUAGAUAGUCAAGGCAAGACGAGUGAGUUUCACCUCGUUGAUGGUGGGGUCACUGCUAGUAACCCGACUUUGGUGGCCAUGACUGCUGUGACUAAGCAGAUUGUGAAGAACAAUCCUGAUAUGGGUAAGCUCAAGCCGUUAGGUUACGAUAAGUUCCUAGUUAUAUCGAUAGGGACAGGGUCUACCAAAAAAGUGGAGAAGUAUAGCGCAAAAAAAGCUGCGAAAUGGGGAAUCAUAUCUUGGCUAUAUGACGAUGGAUCUACUCCUAUUCUAGACAUUACCAUGGAAUCAAGCCGUGACAUGAUCCAUUUCCAUAGUUCUGUUUUGUUCAAAGCCCUACAAUCCGAGGACAAGUACCUCAGAAUCGACGAUGAUACACUGGACGGAGACGCAGGUUCUACGGAUCUAGCGACAAAAUCUAACUUAGAGAAUCUUGUGAAGAUUGGAGAAAAAGUGCUGAAAAACAGAGUUGUGCAUAUGAAUAUCGACACUGGUGCAUAUGAACCUAUUCCUGAAAACGUCACCAAUGAGGAAGAACUCAAAAGAUUUGCCAAAAUUUUAUCUGAAGAAAGGAAGUUAAGGAGAAUGAGAAGCGAGACGGUGACUAAAGAUCCAUCAAACUGAUCGUUAAAAACAAUAAUAUGGGAAGACGGAGAUCUAUGAAUAUCAUAUUUGUGUGUGUUUACUCCGCUAUCUCUCUUGACGCCUUGAUGUUUUUUCUUUGUUUGUGUACCUUUUUCAACUAAUUGAAUAUUUGUUAUUCUCUAAAUAUAAUUACUGAUUUUUAA